UUUCUAUUAUUAAAAAACUACGUUCCCCUCACUCCCACUCUCUCACUCUCUCUCUCUCUCAUUUUAUUUUUCUUCCCCUUGUUUUUUAAAAUUAUUAUUAAUUAAUUAAAAUAAGAAGAUAAAUUAUCAGCAACAGUUUCAAUCUCUCGGAUCUUGUUGGAUCCUCAGAUCUCUAAACCCACUAUGCUAUUCCGCUUUUGAUACUUGAGCUUGCUGUGAAGUGAAUGAUGGAUCCGAGUAAUGCUUCACUGGCAGAUGGACUUGAAGGAGUACACCAAAAUGGUGUCCAUGAAGAACUUUCUAAUUCUGCAAAGGAUGGUGUUGUUUUAAAUGUAGACCCUGUAGUUGCUGAAAUUGUAGAAAAUGUAGAUCCAAAUGGAAAUUAUGAAAAUUUCGACCAGUCAGAUAGCGUUGGAAAUGAUAAUUUGUCUAUGGAAGAAAUGAAAGAAGGAACAAAUGACAAUAUAGAGGGAAAUGAUGUUACUAAGGAAGAGGAAGUGGAAAUCAUUGAUGAAACAGGUAAAUCUAGGACACGAAAGGGUCCUGUCAAGAAUAAGAAUGCAAAACAACCAAGUCCUAGAGGUGUUCAUACAAGUUCAGUUAGAAAGAACAAAGACGGGAAAGAUGAAGAGGCAUCAGCAGCAUCUUCUGUUUCAAACGGUACUCUCACUUUAGACUCUCAUCCAAGACAGCUGGUUAAGAACAAAGUGAUCAAUGACAAGCAGACUCGACUGUCCAAGAUCCCUGGAAAGUCUGAUGCAGCAUCUUCUGAAGCACCAACGGAGAAGACUGGACCACGAUUAAUAAAGAAAGAACCACUUGAUAAUGUUCCAGGAAAAGCUGAAUCAUCUUCUCCUACUGCAGAAGAUGCCAAAGCUCGCAGAGUAGGGACAAUGCCAAAUUAUGGAUUCAGUUUCAAAUGUAAUGAGCGAGCUGAGAGAAGAAAAGAGUUUUACUCUAAGCUUGAGGAAAGGAUUCAUGCGAAGGAAGUAGAGGAGAGCAACAUGCAAGCAAAAACCAAGGAGACCCAAGAAGCUGAGAUUAAGAAACUUAGGAAAAAACUAGCAUUUAAAGCAACUCCAAUGCCAAGCUUCUAUCAGGAACCUCCUCCUUCUAGGGUGGAGUUGAAGAAGAUACCAACUACAAGAGCAAAAUCUCCCAAGCUUGGUCGAAGGAAGGAUUCAAUAUCUUCAGAGCAAGAAGGAAGCACUAACAUUAGUGCUCAACAAUGUCGUUUAAGUUUGGAUGAGAAAGUGUCUCAGAGUAACCCCACUAAAGGAAUUAGUCCUCCUGUUCAUCAAAAGAAGCCACAACGAAGAUCUCUCCCUACCCGACUGACUCCUGAAAGAAUCAGUUCAUCCAAUUCAGCAACUGCACGGACUUCAUCUAAGGCGGUGAAUGAUGAGAAAACCUCCUUAUCUAGUGUAACAACUGAAGUUACCAUCUUGUCCAAUGCAACAAGGGAAGAGAAAGAUGAAGCAGCUGCAGCUAUUGAGGGGAACAGUGCCUUGUCUGAUGAGACGAGUGAAACUCUGUCUCUGAACAUAGAGCCAGAUGAAGCAGAAUCUCAUAUGAAUGGUGUUAUAGUCAUCGAAGACAAACCACAGCUUACCUUGGUACAACAACCCAUAGCAGCAGAGCAUUAAGCAAGCAGCAGGAACAUAACCAGGUGUUAGAUAUCAGAGCAAUUGAUUUAUCUCGUGAAUAUUAUAGAAGCAUAUGACUGAGAUUAUUUGACAAUGAAGGCUUGCAUAUUUGCAUUAUGGUUUGUGAUGUCAUUUUGUCCAAGCGGCAUUGUUUCUUUUGUGUUUACUCCCAACCUUGCUGGUUUUGUCCUUGUGAUUCUCUCUCCUCCUUGCAGCAUUGUAUGUAACUAUUUGUCAGGUUGUUCCAGUUGAUGUUAAUUUUGCUAUGCAACAACAGUUGUCUGUUUGGUUUACAUUUUAGCUAAAAUUUUGAGAAUGUUUGCCAUCAAUGGUUCCGUUACACUUUGUUUAGGCAUUGCUCUGUUAAACAGUUGGCGUUGCCACACAAAAUUAGCUAUUUGUGUUGUGGACACCACUUUGAUUAAUCAUAUUACAGCUAUGCUUUGUUAUGCAAUAAAUUUUAUAGUCACUAUCUCA